GGGGUUCACACCUGCCUGUCUGCCCCGCGGCCGCAGGGUGACCUGCCCGGUGACCCGCAGAACCUGAGGCUCGGGCCGAACUCCCAUGUCCAGCGAUGGAUGAGGACAGCCUGGAUGAGCUGGCGGACCAGAGCCUGGGGCCAGAUGUCCACCCGGGACUCAGCGCUGCCACCCUGGCCAGUGAUGCUGAAGAAAGCAGUGAUGGUGACAGUGGCGGCUCUGAGGACACGGGCAGUGAGCUCAGCGACGGCACCGAUGGAGAGGACGAGGGGGAUCUGGAGGAUGGAUCCGGUUCCGAAGGUUCCGAAGACGACGACGACGACGACGACGACGACAACGACGUGGAAGCGCUGGUGGCAACAGAUCCUCAGGGGAAGCUGGAGGCCAGUGGCACGUGUCCCUCCGACGACGAAGCGGAGAGCUGCCCCAUUUGUCUCAACGCUUUCAGGGACCAGGCUGUGGGGACCCCGGAGAGCUGCGCCCAUUACUUCUGCCUGGACUGUAUCCUGGAGUGGUCCAAGAAUGCCAAUUCCUGUCCAGUCGAUCGAACUCUAUUUAAACGCAUUUGUAUCCGAGCCCAGUUUGGUGGAAAAGUCCUGAAGAAGGUCCCCGUGGAGAACACCAGGGCCGGAGAGGAGGAGGACGACCCCACCUUUUGUGAGGUGUGUGGCCGCAGUGACCGGGAGGACCGCCUGCUGCUCUGCGAUGGCUGUGACGCUGGCUGGGUGGGCACUCGGUGGGUGCUGGGCCCGGGCUUCGGCGCUGCCGGUCUGGAGGGCCAGCUGCACAGCGGCCCAGCCUCUCCGUUCCUCCCAGAUGCGGAUCCCGUGACCGAGGAGGAGGUCUCUCUGCUCUUGGUCGAUGUGGUGCCGACCGCCAGCCGGCUGCGGCCUCGUGAGGGGCGGACCCGGGCCAUCGCCAGGACACGGCAGAGCGAGCGUGUUCGAGCCACUGUGAACCGGAACCGCAUGUCCACUGCCCGGAGCAUGCAGCAUGUCCCGAGGUACCUGGUGUCUUCUCUGCUUGACGAGACCAUUGAAGCCGUUGCCUCUGGGCUGAGCACAGCCGUGUACCAGCGCCCCACGACGCCGCGGGCCCCCGCCAAGCGGAGGAGGAAAGCAAGGCGGCGGUGGCAGGGCCUGGUCUGCACCUGCAGGAGGAGCGUUCCUGCCGCGGCGCCCGAGCCGGACGUGGACGUGGCCCCUGUCCCCGACCUGCUGGGCAGCAUCCUGUCGGGCCAGAGCCUCCUCAUGAUGGACAGCGCCGACAUCACCAUCCACCGCGACGGCUCGCUCAGCGCCAAGCGGGCAGGGCGGCAGCUCAACCUUCGAGAGCUUCCGGAUCAAUAUUCCGCUCAGUCCCCUGCCCCGCUGGGACCCUCGAGGGGGAAGGGCGGCAGCUCAACCUUCGAGAGCUUCCGGAUCAAUAUUCCCGGGAACAUGGCGCAUUCCAGCAGACUCUCCAGCCCCGGCUUCUGCCACACGUUCCAGCCUGUCGACAAUAAGGCGCAGAGGAAAGAGAACCCCGCCCCCCUUUUCUCCCUCAGGAAGACGAAGCAGCUCAAGAGCGAGAUCUAUGACCCGUUCAACCCCACGGGCUCGGACUCCAGCUCUGCAGGCAGCAGCCCCGAGCGCCUGGGCCCCGGCCUCCUGCCCUCGGAGAUCACCCGCACCAUCUCCAUCGGCAGCCCCAAGGCCCCGCCCUCGCAGACCGUGCGGUGUGUCACCUCCUACACGGUGAAAACCGUCUUUGGGGCGGAGUCCGAGCCCUCUCGGGGGCCCUCCUCCAGCCUGCUCCAGCUCCGGGGCCAGGAGCCCGCAGUGGUUCUGAUGAAGACGGAGGAAAGUGCUGGGAAGGAAGAAAACCCAGCCCCGACCGGCCGUGAGGAGCAGGAGCUCGGGGACGAGGUCCAAGAGACGCCAGGGCCGCGGGAAGAAGAGGAAAGGACGAAAGCUGAAGCCCGCGGCAGAGAGACCGACCAGAGGAAGCAGGCCUCCGCCCCAGGGCACAGGCAGACCCGCUCCCGCACCCGCUCCGGCUCCCGCUCCGGGGACAGGAGCUCCAGGUCGCCGUCACCUCUGGUGGGUGAGGACCAGGCCAAGCGGCCCCUGGCCAAGGCCAGGGGGAGCCAUGCCGGCGGCCGCAGAGUGCAGACGGGCGGGCGUCCUGCGGGUGGGCCAGGACACAGGCAGAGCUGCUGGCUUGUCAGGAGGCUCCCUGGUGAUCCCUGCUCGCACCCAGAUCCACAUGUCUCACGGCGGUCCUUUCCUUUCAAGGCUGCUCAGGGUGAAGUCACAGCCCGUGGGCGCAUCGCGCGGACGCUGGGCCUUCGGAGGCCGACCCACGGGGCCUGCAUCCCAUCCGUGUUCCGGCCUGCGGACCCCUCCCUGGGGCUGAUGCGUGCGGACAUCGGGGCUGCCUCUCUCUCUGUCUUUGGAGACCCCUAUGAGCUGGACCCUUUCGACAGCAGCGAAGAGCCGUCUGCCAGCCCUGCGUCCCCUCUGAGUGCCAAGAGGAGGGUCCUCUCCCGCUCAGCCCUGCGUUCUCACCAGCCCGUGGCCAGGCCCGUCUCCAUGGGGCUCUCCAGGGACACCGAGCAGCCCCCUCCCUGGAGAAAGGGUCCCCAGGAGAAGGCCUCGUGCCCGCAGGACCAGGCCAAGGCGGCGGUGCCCGGCGCCCCGGGAGGCCCGGCCGAAGGCGGGGCGCUGCUGGGCAAGGAGGAAGGCCUCUGCCUGACCUCCGUGCUCCGGGCCAAGGCCCCCGUGAAGAGGGUCACCUGGAACCUGCAGGAGGCGGCAGGCGGUGCGCUGGCUGAGGACCGAGGCCUGCGGACCCCACUGCACAGGCCCCAGCAGCCGCAGGAAGAGGUGUGGGAACCCGGAGACGGAGGCCUUGUGGUGCACUCCCAGCAGGCUCCCUGCCCCGAGCCCCCUCCUGCUUACACGCUUCCAGAGCCUGGCUUUCCAGCGGCAGACCCCGCCCAGGUUUAUGGCCCCAGCCUGCCUCCCGCCCUGGUCCUGCCCUCAAGUGUCCCGCCCUACGCACCGGUCAGCCAGCCCACAGUGCAGUUCCUCCUGCAGGGGAGCCUCCCCCUGGCGGGCUGCGGGGCGGCGCUGGGCCCACAGCCCGGUCCUACGGAGCUGGAGCUGCAGGCCGGGGGCUACGUGCUGGAGCAGCGUCUCCGUGUAGUGGAGCUGCUUCUGGUCGGGGAGCUGGCCGGGGCAGGGGAAGGCCACCAGCUGGGCCUCCGGGGCUGGCACAGCAAAGCCAGGGGGGCCAUACAGGAGCAUGCAGCUGGGGCCCCUGACUGUCUCCUGCAGCACCGUGCGGCCCUUGUACAUGAUGGUCACGUGCAGGGCCCCCAGGCUGGGCUCUGCGUGCAGGCCGAGCUGUGGGCAGGGGGCCCCCGCCAGUGGGGUGCAGGGCUCCACCUCAGGUGGGGGCUGCCAGGCCUCAUGGGCUGGACCUGCGUCUGGGGAAGAAGGCCUGAGCUGGCACCGGCUCCCAGCCCCCCCCUCUUCCACUCGUUCCCCGGCUCCUCACCUGUCACCUGGGCCUGGGGCUGUGACCUGAAUCCGGGGGCCUCCACAGCCCAUGAAAGUUCCAGUUCCCCGCCCCGGCCAGCCGCAGAGAAAGCCAAGAACGAGGAGUACCUGAAGAAGCUGCACAUGCAGGAGCGGGCGGUGGAGGAGGUGAAGCUGGCCAUCAAGCCCUUCUACCAGAAGCGCGAGGUGACGAAGGAGGAGUACAAGGACAUCCUCCGCAAGGCCGUGCAGAAGGUGGGCGCUGGCGGGCCUUGGGUCUGAGUGGAGGGAGGUGCCCUGGCCCUGGCACCACGAGGGCGCUUAGGAGGAAUGAGUGUGCCAGGCACCGGCCUCCUUGCUUGUUAAACAGGCUCAGUCACAGAGCGACACCCUGUGGGCUCCUGGCCAUCAUGGUGGGACCCUCAGUGGCCCUGGGAGGUGGGUACAGCGGGCCCAGUCCUGGCAACUACUGAACGUGUUUGGCUGUGAAAGGACCCCUGGGUAA